AUGCAUUCAGUUAUUGCUCCUCAGGCACAGGACUCUACAGCUGCUCUUGCUGAACCUCAUAAGGUUCCUUUCUUCUCAAGCCUCAAUUCUGUCUGGGACUUGCUGAACAACAGCAGAGCAUUCUGCUAUGUCAGCCACUCCUCCCAGGUUUUCUCACUUGGUGGUAUCCCCAAACUUAUACAGCUUCUUGAUGUUCAGAACGAGGAUAUUCAGCGAGCAGUGUGUGGUGCUUUGAGAAACUUGGUAUUUGAAGACAAUGACAACAAACUGGAAGUGUCAGAGCAGAAAGGGAUCUCUAUCUUGCUCCGUUUACUCCGAUAUACCAAGGAUGUAGAAACUAAAAAGCAAAUAACAGGUUUGUUGUGGAAUUUGUCUUCCAAUGACCAGCUGAAGCACCUGUUGGUUAAAGAAGCCCUACAUACCCUGACAGAAGCUGUUCUCAUCCCUUGCUCUGGCUGGCCAGAUCGAGAUUACCCCAAGUCAAGUGUUUUACCCGACCCUGAUAUCUUCUACAAUGCCACAGGAUGCCUGAGAAACAUGAGCUCUGCUGGCCCAGAAGGAAGGAAAAAGAUGAGAGAGUGUGACGGUUUGAUUGAUUCUCUUGUGUAUUAUAUUCAAGGAGCUAUUGCAGACCACGAGCCUAAUGACAAGGCCACAGAAAAUUGUGUGUGCAUUCUUCACAAUCUUUCCUACCAACUAGAGGUAGAACUUCCUGAAAGCUAUGCCCAGAGCAUCUAUAUACAAAGAAGAAAUAUUUCUACCAAUGAUAGAACACCAGGUUGUUUUGGAACAAGAAGCAGAAAAGUGAAAGAGAAGCAGCAGGACACCCCGCUACCUGAGGAAAAGAGCAAUCCCAGAGGUGUGGAAUCACUCUGGCAUUCCACACUGAUUAGAAUAUAUCUCUCCUUGAUAGCAAAGAGUACCAGAAACUAUACCCAGGAAGCAUCCCUGGGAGCUCUUCAGAACCUCACAGCUGGUACUGGACCAAUGCCGUUUUCAGUGGCCCAGACUGUUGUUCGGAAGGCAAAUGGCCUUCCAAGUAUUCGAACUAUGCUGCAUGUAAGCCACCCAGCAGUAAAGAAGACAGCAGUCUCACUGCUCAGGAACUUGUCUCGCAACACCUCUCUGCAAAAUGAUAUAGCUAGAGAAGUUUUGCCAGAUUUGGUCUCGAUACUUCCUGACUACGUCCCAGGGUCUGAUACUGCCUGUGAAACCACAGCUUCUGUCUGCUACACCUUAUACAAUUUGACACAGAGCAGUUCUCACAAUGCACGGCUUCUCUUAAAUACUGGUGGCCUGCCAAAGAUCAUUGCCAUCAGCAUGAACGACAGUAACAUGUUCAGCAAAGCUAGUAAGGCUGCUUCAGUCCUCCUCUACUUCUUGUGGGCACAUACUGAUCUCCACAAUGCUUACAAAAAGGCUGAUUUUAAGAAGACAGAUUUUGUCAAUACCCGGACCACAAAAGCCUAUAACUCACUAAGAGAUUGAAUCAGAUCAUAACAUCACAGAAGACAUAUAUUGAUUAGUGUAACUGUCUUCAUGCGGCUGGUAUUCCUGUGAAUCGAGAAGUAUCUCGGAAAAAAGAGGCUGAUUUAUAGACUUGAAUGACCUGUGAUAGCUGGGCUGUGUUUUUAAUUUUCACCACGUUGUUGUCACCAUAGAUCAGUAUAUGAAUAACCAGAAAUGGAUUCCUCAGGACAUUUGAGGUGACAUUUCAUCUAGAUUUACCACUACUCAGAGUUUCAGAUGACUGCCUUUAGUCUAGCAGACAUUUAUACACGGAGGUUUAAAAUGCUGAUUGGCAGCAAAUACUUUUCAGAAUAUUUUAUACAGAUCGUUUUCUACAGAAGGUAAGCAUCAGUUGCACUGCUCAGGACACAGUAAUUUUUCACCCUUUUGUUUCUUCACGUAUGCUAAACAAGAAUCUCCAGACCCUGUGAGUAUGCACAAGAAGCUGUUUCACUACCUGCAUUAUAAAAGCACUAAGGGAGUUAAGAUGAGUAUUUUUAUAUUACUUGUAUUCAUGUGCUCACUGGUUCUUAAGCCUCUUUCUUUCGAGAUCUCGUUAGCAACAGCAAUAAAAUUGAUUUUACAUAGAUCUGGUUACUCCUGGCUCUCAUCAUGCUCCUUCACCUGGCAGUUGGAAUUGAUAACUGUGUCCAGAAGGGGUUUUAUCUAGAUAAAAUAUGUCAGGCACUCUGGGCUAUCCAUCAUUCUUUGCUAAUUGCUGGUGAUUGAGAUUAUUUCAAGAAAAUCACAUUUUCAAAACAAUCUUGUUGAUUAAAUGUUGUAAAAGGAGUGGAGUCUUGUCUUUAUUUUUGAAGAGAAUACAUGAGAUGAGGAACACUGCUGCCUAAGGAAUGCAUCUGAUCCUGCUUCAUACUCUCCUAGUUGAAAUCAUCAUCCUCCCUACAGCAAAUACCUGCAGUGUGAUAACAGGAGGAUUAUGUCUGCACAUGUGGGAAUAGGUAACAGGAGACAAAUUCCUAAGCACAUGAAGGCUGUUCCUAUGAUAUGAUCCUAGGAGAGGAAAAAGAAGCAUUAAAACCUCCCACGUGAGGUGGGAGGCCUUUUCUAUACAAUAUUCAUCUCAACAAACCAGCAAUUAGAUUGUCCAGUAAACCAAUUGGAAAUAAAUAUAUAAAAACAUAAAGCUCUGUGGUUUGGAUUCUGAGUUGACAUGAUCUGCCAUUACCCUACAAAUCAGAGGAGCUAAGCUAUGUUGAUGGCACCCACAACUGGCAUAUGCAUUCGCAAGCCCUCCUGCAAGAAUGGAACCUGUGCUGUGCCCCCCACCACGAACUGCUGACGCAGGAGCUUUUGCAGCUUUCCAACCCAGAAAGGGAUGUGCAAUCCUUUAAGACCUCACAGAGGAGAGGUCCACUCAUUUCAACGCUUCUGCUCAAAGCUUUAAUCCCUACCAGAGAUUUAGAACCAGCAGACUGUGACGUUGCAUUGUGUCCAAAUAUAUUUCUGGAUAUUGGAGCUUAACUAUGCUUGGAGAUGCACACAGUUCUUGCAGAGUUGCCAGGAAGUCACACACACGCAUGCAGAACAAAACAAUCUGGAAGUUAAACAACCAACCCUGUUUUUCCAGCAGAGGUCAUUUUCAGAGGUCUGUUGGUCCUUCACGUUUGCUUUGAAUAACUCAACUCAAAUGUGUUCCUGUAGGAGGUUUUAAAAAUACUAUUGUCUUUUAAGAGAUCAUUUCCAAAAUAUUCCAAAAGUCCAAAAACAACACAGGGGAAGGGAACUUACAGCACCUCAUGUUGGGGCAAUGUUUUUAUAAGUUUUUUAAAUAUGACAGAAAAUGGGCAAUUAAAGUCUAACUUUUUCUUCCAACUUGUUAACCCAAGUAAUGCUGCAUGUACCGUGAAUGAAUAAACACCUGGAAGACUGGACAAGUCUACUUUCACUGCCCCAAAAGUAGUGGUAGUGAAAACUGAUACACAAAGAGCAAACAUGAAGACAGAGUGGCACUGGAAUGAAGAACUGCAGUCUAAAAAUCAGGGAGGAGACUUUUAGAAAUAAUCAAGAACUGGUUUUAUUCUGUGAAAGUCACACACUUAAUAAUAAAACACCAAUGCUGUGCAUUUGUAGAAGUUCUGCUUAGACUAACUUUCAGUAUGAGGUAAUUAAGAACGAGGGUAAUUACAAACUUCCAGGACUGUUUCUGUUGAUAGUGUCUCUUUAAAAUCAUAGCAGAAUUCAGAAGUCACAAAGAGGAAUAUCAGGCCUGGCAGCAGCUGAAAGCUAUAAACAGGGAUGAAGAACAGUGACACACCUUAUGGCAACUGAUCUCCUGCUUGUAGACAAUCAAAACCAUUUCAACAGGAUGCCAGAGAAGGCAAUGAAUGUUAGAGAAAUAAUAAAGUAUACUCUAACAGAA